UAACUCUUAUUGAACACUAUUCCAUAUUCAGACAUCUGACUUUCCCUCUAAAAUCCGGCCAUCUUCCUCCCUUUAAGUAGAGAAUUCAGCUAGCCAUGCCAGGAUCUUAAAAACCUUCCAUACUAGUGAUCUCAUCCUUUUAGGGUUUGUUUUCUUUCUCCAUCAUAUAAAAAAUCAAACAUCUUUUACCUUCCACAGUUGUUUCUACGUACAGUACUACUGCAGAUAAAAAAAAAAAAAAUGGCGUCUCUGCGAUGGUACUACCAUUUGUGUGCAUGUAUUAGUCUCAUGGUGGGUUUUGAGUUAGGCCUAGUAAAUGGUCAAUAUUACAGACAAGUCGGCAGUAAGAAGUUACCUUAUCAAACGUUCACCGUCGAUCAGUCUGGCCAUGGCAAUUUCUCCACCGUUCAAUCGGCUAUAAAUGCCGUUCCUUCCAACAACAAGUAUUGGAUUUGUAUUAGGGUCAAGGCCGGCACCUAUAGAGAAAAGGUGAUGAUCCCUUAUGAUAAGCAAUAUAUCAUCCUAAAAGGAGAGGGAAAGAAAAAGACAUGGAUUGAAUGGGAUGAUCAUGACAACGUUGCACAGAGCCCUACUUUCGCCUCUCAAGCAGAUAAUUUCGUUGCCAAAAGCAUAAGCUUUAGGAAUACAUACAACAAUCCAAUUAAUAAUAACCCCCGAGCACCGGCGGUGGCAGCCAUGAUUAGCGGCGAUAAAUCUGCAUUCUAUCGAUGUGGGUUUUAUGGGUUGCAAGACACUUUGUGGGAUGUUCAAGGGCGACAUUACUACAACAAAUGCACCAUGCAGGGUGCUAUUGAUUUUAUCUUCGGCGCUGGACAGUCCAUUUUUGAGAACUGUUCCAUAGCAUAUUUUGGAAAAGCUUUAGAGCCAGGUCUCUUGGGUUACAUCACAGCUCAGGGAAGAGUCGGUCCAUAUGAUUCAAACGGGUUUGUGUUCAAAGGCUGCACUGUGCAUGGUUCUGGUUCGACCUACUUGGGAAGGCCAUGGAGAGGCUAUUCCAGGGUCAUAUUCUACAACUCUAAUUUUUCACACAUUGUAAACCCUAAGGGAUGGGAUGCCUGGAACUUUGUUGGCUUGGAGCAACAAUUAACGUAUGCGGAGGAUGGCUGCUACGGACCGGGGGAGGAGGACGCUUCCCAACGCGUGGGUUGGUCGAAUAAGCUGAGCCAAGCUGAUUUGAAUCAGUUUACAAGCAUUAGUUACGUUGACAAUGAAGGAUGGCUUAAUGACCGGCCCUUUUAAAUUGAUUUUGCUUACAUUUGUGCCCACAGUUUUUGUUGCGAUUUCCUCUUCUUUUUCAUGGUUCCAUGUAUUAAUUUGUGAAUGCUUAUUUUUUAGCACGACUGUUUCAAUUAUGUCAAACACAGGUCCGAAUUGCUGAGAAAUUGUUGAUACAUAAUCUAUAAUUA